AAUGGUGACAGUAUAAUGGUACUGACAUUUAAAAAAUCAAUUUGACUGGAAUAUUCAAGUAAUUGAGAAGGAUGCCAUUAUUUACACUAGUGAUAAAUGCAGUGUCUCACAUAUAUCAACACUAGAAAUAGCUCUGCAUUUUCCAAAAGCAGGAUGGCCAAAUUAUGUUGCUGAUAGAUUUUUUUUUUAUGUACACACAUUUCUCAUUUUCAGUUUCUGUCAAAAAAUGUACAAUUAUUAAUAUAUAUUCAUGUCUUGCCAAGAGUCUUGCUAGUUUUCUGUUGUUCAAAAGGUUUUAGUGUCAGCUUUAUUCUCUGAAUCAGAGAAUGACUGAGGCAGGAAGACACCUCUGGAGAUCUCCUAGUUCAUUCCCAUGCAGUUGUGCUGCAAGGUUACCUGCAGCAGGUCACUCAGAUCUUAGUCAGGUUGUGUUUUGAUUGUCAUCAAGGAGACUCCAGAACUUCUCUAGGCAACUUGUCCCAGUGCUUAACACAAUGAGAAGUUUUUUUUUUUUCCCUUAAAUUUAGAUGUAGUUUCCUGUGUUUCAGUGUGUCUUUCCCCUAUAUUUCCUUUUUCUUAUUUCUAUUUCACCCUGUAUUUCAAUUUCUCUCCAACACUAUUUCUCACAGCAGUUCUUAAAUAUAAUUAAAAUGUUUCUGCUAGUUAUUGCAAUACACUAAUAAUGGACUUACUUGACAAUGAUGUGCUUACUCGACAAGAAAACCAUAGGUAAGGUGAGUUAAUUGUUGUUGAGAGGGCAAAGGUUCUGAUUUAUUAUAUUUACUAUCUUAAAUACCAACUUGGUGUAAAAUUCUGUCCACACAACUGUAGACUGGAGAACAACAUGAACUUGUUUUCUGUGCCUGGGCUUCUAACCUGUCUUUUUUUUCAGGUGGUCUGGAGUCUGCCUGCUCCAGAGACAACUGAAAUAGACAUAGAUGGAGGAAUUGAUCAGGACAUCUUUGACAUAAAUGAAGCUUUAGGACUAGACCUCUUUGAAGGAGACAUCAAACUUCCUGGGGAACGAAACUCCAUCAUUGGUGACAACUAUCGAUGGCCCCAUGUUGUCCCGUAUGUCCUUGAGGACAGCCUGGAAAUGAAUGCUAAGGGAGUCAUCCUCAAGGCAUUUGAACAGUAUCGACUGAAAACCUGUAUUGACUUCAAACCUUGGGAAGGGGAGAAGAAUUACAUAUCUGUGUUCAAAGGAAGUGGCUGCUGGUCCUCAGUGGGAAACAUGCAAAUGGGCUUGCAGCAACUCUCCAUCGGAGCCAGCUGUGACAGGAUUGGGACAAUCCAGCAUGAAUUCCUGCACGCCCUGGGAUUCUGGCAUGAGCAGUCUCGGUCUGACCGGGAUGACUAUGUCAGCAUCAUCUGGGACAGGAUUCAGUCCGGUAAAGGACAUAAUUUCAAUAAAUAUGAUGAUAAAAAAUCAGACUUCCUGAAUGUUCCCUAUGACUACAAUUCUGUGAUGCACUACAGCAAGACUGCAUUCAGGAAUGGAACUGAGCCCACCAUCAUCACCAACAUACCAGAAUUCAUUGAUGUCAUAGGACAGCGAAUGGGUUUCAGUGAGUACGACCUCCAGAAACUGAACCGGCUGUACAACUGCACCUCUUCCCUAAGCUUCAUGGACACAUGCAGUUUUGAACUUGAAAAUGUAUGUGGCAUGAUUCAAAGUUCAGAUGAUAACAGUGACUGGCAGCGUUUGUCUCAGGUUCCAGCUGGGCCAAAUACCGAUCACACUAAUAUGGGAGAAUGCAAAGAUUCUGGCUACUUCAUGCAUUUUGACACCAGUGCUGGAGGAGAAGGUAGCACAGCUGUCCUGGAGAGCCGAAUUCUGUAUCCCAAAAGAGGUUUUCAGUGCUUACAAUUCUAUUUAUAUAACAGUGGUAAUGAGAGUGACCAGCUGAAUGUCUGGGUCAGGGAGUACACGUCUGCCAAUCCAAAUGGCACUCUGAGAUUCAUCAAGGAGAUAAAAGGUUCACCUGAGACUUAUUGGCAGCUCCAUCAUGUUUCUUUGAAUGUCACGAGUAAAUUCCGGGUUGUGUUUCAAGGCGUGAAAGGAAGUGGCUUGUCAAAUGGAGGCCUCUCUAUUGAUGACAUCAACUUGUCAGAAACUCAGUGUCCCCACCAUGUCUGGCAUAUCAGAAAUUUCACACAGCUCCUCAACACAAGUCCAGCAGGGAAAGGUGGGGCAGUAUACAGCCCACCUUUUUACUCUAGUGAAGGAUAUGCUUUCCAGGUCAGCUUGUAUGUAAAUGGUACCAUUGAUAGCCCAUUUAAUUUAGGAAUAUACUUGUCCUUGAUUUCUGGAGCAAACGAUGAUCAGUUGAAAUGGCCCUGUCCAUGGCAACAAGGUACCAUGAUCCUGCUUGACCAGCAUCCUGAUAUUCGUCAACAGAUGUCAAACCAAAGAAGUAUAACAACAGACCCUCUGAAGUUAUCAGGAUCCUCAUCAAACUAUAUUUGGGAUAGGCCAGAUAAAGUAGGAUCCGAAGCAACUUUUCCCAAUGGAACUAAAUACAUGAGAGGUCCAGGAGUUGGAACAAGCGCAUUUUUAACUCAUGAGAGACUUAGAAGCCGCAACUUUAUCAAAGAAGAUGGUGUUUAUAUUCUUUUAACAAUGGAAGAUAUAUCGCAUCUCCUGUCAACUCAGCCGAGCAUUCUACCCCCUCUUGUUACGACUACAAGUGCCAGCACCACCAAACCUGGCCCUCGCCCCACUGCCACCACCAAGCCCCCCAGUGGCACUAAGACCACCACCACUGCAUCCACCACCAGCACCACGGGCAGCACCACCCAGCCUGGAGAGCCAGAGGUUCCAGCCUUCUGCUCAGACAACCCCUGUGAAAACGACGGUGUCUGUGUCAUGGUGAACAGAGCACCUACGUGCAGAUGUCCAGCAGGUGACAACUGGUGGUACAUGGGAGAAAAGUGUGAAAGAAAAGGCUCAACUCAAGAAAAUACUGUAAUAGCUGUUUCUUCAACCAUAACUGUGUUUGUUGUAAUGCUAAUUGUCACCAUCACAACUGCAGUGUGCCUUAAAAAGAAAUACAAACAAAGAAAGGAGAAUAAGGAGAGUGUGACUCUAGAAGAAACUAAAACAUCUUUCUGAAGAUAAUGCAAACAAGCAUCAACGACACAAGAUGAACAUCACUGCAAAACCACAACUACGUCAUCAUUCUUUCUGUUCCUUUUAUCUCAAGCAUCAUGAUAAAAGUUUGUAAAGUCAGGAAAAUAAUUCAUCAUCUGGAUAAAACACUGUGCUAAAGUCAGUGGAGUGUCUGUCAGUGCUGUGUAUCGUCAUUCAAUGGAGAAAAAUGGAAAUACAUUGUGCAACAUGGCUGCCUUGUCCUUCAAGUCUACCUAAACAUGAAGAAAACAUGAAAAUGGCAUCCUGGAUUUCAGUCAACACAGGAAAGUCCAAGUUUGCUACAUUAUCAUUGCAUAGUUAUCUAUAAUAAAGGGGAGCUGGACCCAGCAGUUCUCAGUCCUGCUGCAGCUGUCAGUCAGUAGUGUGAGAGUUUGUGAAGUGUGGGAGCAUCUGGUUCAUUAUGUUAUUUGGUUGUGAUCUACUCACCAUAAAAGAAAUAACAAGUAAUGAGGAAAGUAAUAAAUGAAUCUCACAGACACACAUUAAUGAGGAAGUCACAGUAGAGAUAAUAAUGAGGAUCCAGAAUGCUUCAGCCACUGAUUGAUGGUCCAUUAGAGGAACUACUCAGGCAGAACUCUCAAGAAUGUCAACCUGAACAAUUAUUAACUAAUAGGAAGGGGAAAAUAUGAUUAACAUUAGUGUUGGGGAAAAGUUGAGGCUGCUUGAGAUAUAGGCUAUCAGAAAAGGCUUGUAGAUUUAUGUAAAAUGGGGUGUUUAGAGGAAGAAUCAAAAGAUCCAAAGAAAAGUGGGGGAAAAUGAGGCCAGAAACUGGAGAGAUCCACCUGCAAAAGAGAGCCAGAUGCCAAUGGCCAGAGGAGACCACAGGUCUUAGGGUGCACGGGUCUAGAUACUAGCACAUGGAGGGACUUGCAUGGAAGGGUCUUUGUGCCAGGAACUGGAGGGACUGUGGGCCACAGGGCUUGUAGAUCUAAAGACGAGCAACUGAAGGGACUGGUAUGUGUCUUUUGCAUGUGUCUUGAAAGGUCCAGGUGCCAGCAGCAGCUGGAGGGAUCAGGUUGCGUGUUGGUGUGUAAGAGGUCUAAGUGGAGAAAUCUGGUUAAUAUUCUUCAGUGAAUUUAAUCCUCUUUGUAUGUGUGUGUGCAUAAUUCACUAGCAAACUUCAAGCUGGACUAGCUAGUGAGUUGGAAGAAACAUUUCCACAUCUGGAGGACUCAAACAUCACACUGCCCUUUCUGGCAAGAAGAAAGUGAGUCGUGUACCAGUUGUACUGCCAGAACUUCCAAGCAUGGAUAUUUAACAGGUUUAGAGGUCAUGCUAACAUUUAAGGGGACUGUGCAUGUUUGAGUGUGUUUCUGGAUGUGGAGAAUGAGGGCACACAUUUUUUUAACCAGAGAACCAGCAUUCUGAUUUUCUGGAGGAGAGGAAGAGAACAGGGCUUUGUGCCCUUCUCUGAGUUUGGGUAGCAUUAGAGAGGGGUUGUGCAGCCCGUGCUGCUCUGUGUGUGUGUGCAGCAGCCUGAACCACCAGCCACUUCAGAGACCCCUGUGUGUGUGUGUCAGUGUGUCUUGGGCACAGCCUUGUUGCCAGCCAGACCCUGGGAGCAGCAGCCAAAUCCUUAGGACUGGGAUGCAGAGAUCACCUGGGACCAUUCCUGGCUGGACAUGUUGGCUGGGGAGCUGGAUCCUGGGUCUGGGAGAUUCAGUGGCUUCCUUGAAGCCCUGACAAAUAGAGCUAUGAUUCAGUAGGAUUUAGAGAAAUAAGAAAGCAUGGAAAUGAAAGGGCCAGAGGAAGCAAGAUGUCCCUCCCUAAGGACACUUAGCAGAGGGAGAUGGCAGCCACCAUGGGCACAAAUCAUCACAUUUGUGGUGUUUUGCAGGGGGGCUGUGAGACAGGAGUGCCUGUAAUGGAAAUGUCAGGUCACACCAGAUGGUUGGUAGACUGGUAUGUGAAUGUGUUCACAUUUAAAGGUCAGCAGCUACUUUGAUUGCCUGGGAUGGGUGUUAAUGAUUUUAACAUUUGUCAUGCAAUUUGCCCUAACUCUGGGCAAGAGCAGUUCAAAUGUAUGGAAAUCUGAUGAGGGAACAAGUCUUCCUCUGAAUGCUACUGCACAGCACAAAGCAACAAAUGUGUAUUCUUCUGUAUCAACACUAUAUAUGUAUUCCUUCUCUGAUUCAUAUUCUCUGAAAUGUAGUUGUAUUUAAAGCAUUCAUAGCUGGAUUUAUUAGCUUUUGUUGGAAUCCAAAGAUUCAUGAAAACAGCCAGACAAAAUUAACAAAGAUUUGUCAGAGCUAACAAACAUCCUGGAUAGGAAAAUACCCUACUAUAGCUGUCUUAAAAUAACUUUCCUAUUUCCACAUGUCUUCAUCAGCAGUUUUCAUGCAAAUAAUCCUCCAAAUGCGCCUUCAAUUAAGAUAUGCACAUAGAUUUACAUGGAGUUAUAAGACACAAAUGAGACUGUUCAUAAAUUCAACCCUGGUUACAAUCCUUAACAUUAUGAACUGCAAGCAUUUCAUUUUCAAAUGUGAAGUACCAGAUUUAUGACAGUAGAGAAAAUUUAUAUUUUUAAAAUCCAGAUUUCAUGAGAUACUUACCUGUACUUUCAUUAGAAGAGAGCUUAAAACAGAGAGCAGUAUUGCAAUACAAUUUCAAUACAUUGUGGGAGAUACAAAUUCCAUAGGGUAUAUCCUGAAAUGUUAAACUUUCAUUGGAAAAAAUCUUAAGCUUCUGCAUAUUCAUUUAAAACAGGAAUGAAUGAAGAGCAUGAUUUAAAACUGAAUCUCCCAGUCAGUGAGUGUGAACAAUUCACUUCAGUAGAGCCAAAAGAGAGUUUUUUUUAAAUGUCCUUAACUGACCUAAAAAUACUCAAGAGGAGUAAUUCUUUCCAAUUUUACAAUGCAGAAAAAUUACUCAGGAAAUGCAGAAUGAGAUUCAAUAUUACACUUUAUUCUUAAAAAGCUCUAGCACAAAUGACUUAAUGAUCUUAAUUUUGGAGAGGUACAUUUUACACAUUUACACAUCCCAUGGAUGCUUAUCCCAGGUCAGAUACCGUAUUGGCUGGUCAGAGAGCUCUACAUAGGCUUGCAGCCUUGGUGCUUACCGUACUUUCCUAGAGCAAAUAUAUCCACAGAAAGUUUUACUAAAAAUCUUUACUAUUCUUUACUAAAGGUCUCGCUGUAAAAUCACUGAGAUACUAACGUGAUAAUAAACACCACCAGUGUUAAAUCUGCAGCAAUCCAUUUAUCUUUCCUGUCCUCAGACUGUAGUGAUUCAGGUUGAUUUGAAACAAGGAUUUACUCUGCCCACAUGCCUGCUCAGGCACAUUCCACUCUCUACACACCAGGACUAGCAUGAAGACCCUAUCACUGUGUUCCCACAAUAUGCAGUACAGAGGUUUGGGCUGUGGACAUUGACUCCUUGGGUUGCCUGCCCUGCUCCUGUUCCUCAUUCAAGAUCAUCUCUAGCAAAGACCCUGACCUAAGUGAAUGUUUUCUUCUCUGCUCCUCCUUUUCUGGGCUCCAGAUUUGCUGUAGAGCUGGACCCAGCGUAGGUGCACAUCGUAUCCAGAACUGUGGGAAUGACUCAUUCCCCGCUACUGAGUCUAUCAGGAAUAACAGCAUGGCCUUAAAAAUAAACUAACUCCAAAAUUCAUGUCAGUGGCUUAGGUGUGGAAUAGUAAAGAAAGAAAAAACCCAAAACGUGGGUCAUUGUUCUGGGUACUUCUUGGUCUUUCUUCAAGAAUCUCAGCACCUUUAAUCCUGCUACCUACUGUCUGUGCUAAACAGCAUAUGAAGCCUCCUGUUCCUGAUACAGGCAAACCAACUCACUGCUAUUUGCAUCACACAGAGUAGCUCUGCUCAGUUUAGCUUUUGCACAAGUAGCAAAUUACUGAGUCAUAAUGUCUCAGUCUGGCUGGCACAGCAUUGUCUAAAUGCAAAAAAGGGACUGAUCCUAGACACCAGCCCUCCUAUUUCAGCUGAGUGUGUCAGGUGUCUCGUGCCACCCACGCCAGGAAGACACGGUCCCAGGGUGAAGGGCAGGAGUCAUGACUUGUUGUUCUCUUUAGGUACAAUUCAGAACACAGAAGUAGACUUUUUCCUUUUUAUUUUCUCCACAGGUCUCUCUAUCCACUGAUAUUAGAGCUCAGGGUCUUUUCCUAAGACACAGGUGCCAUCAGCUGAACUACCUUUGCCUCUGAUAAAUAUGAUCUUAAUUUAAAUAGCAUUUUCAAGCUAUCUUUGGGGCUGGUAGUACAGAGAGUUAUGUCUCAAAAAGAGAAGAUAACCAACAAUUAUUGCUUAGAGACUUUUGUAAUAUUGACGCAGUAAUGGCAAAACACCUGUAUUUUGCUCUGUGUUAUGAAAUUAUGAAGAAAUAUAUGGUGAUGUAAUUUUCCCACUUAUUUCAAUGACAUAUAUUCUAAUUUAUUGCAAAAGAAAACUCUAAAGUUGAGAUUUAAGAAUUUGUUUCAUGCAAGAAGAUAAUGAGAUUUUGCAACAGACAGAUUCCCUGUGAUUGCUCUCCUUGUCUUCUCCCUUUUCUAAGCACCAACAGAAAUAACUGGAAAAAAACACUGACCACAACAACUCAGACUGAUUACUACUUACACCAGAUACACUCUAACUGGUAUCAUAAAGGCUGCAGGCAAGUUUAUAUUGGAAUUCUUUUGCUCAUAAAUUCCUAAACUUCUACUGGAGAUGACAAGUUCUAUGCUUGAUCUAUGCCUUUGACUUCACCUUCUGUGAAAACAAAAUAGCAUCGAAGAAGUUUAACUGGAAUGUCAAGAACUUAAAAGAGCAAAACCAAACCUCAUUGUUUCCCAAGGUUGCAAUGCUUAAUCCUACAAUACAUAAACAUGGUCACUCUUCCAAUGCAAUACUCAUGGGAAAAAAGACCUGUGUGCUCUUUAUGCGAUUUGAAUCUUAUCUCUAAACCAUUUGAUGGAAUACUUUUAUUAACUUCUUAAUGAUAGCCUUUCUACUUCACAGUUACUAAUACAUAACUAGAACCAGCCACUUUCUUCUGCUGGAGCUCUGUGUAUGUGCACUUGCCCUUGAUUUUUUAUUUUAACUCCAUCUGGAUCUACAAAGUCUAUGCUACAAAAACCCAGAUCAAAACUUCCCAGAGGCACAUCUCCCUCUUAAUCUCUACUUUCCCCUGCACCCCACUAUACUUCACAUCAUGUUGUGAACACUGAGCUUUGCAGGCAGCUUUCACUCAUGUAAAUUAUAUUUGCUUGUUCAAAACAGAACAUUAUAAAUUACAUAAAAGUAUCAUUGCAACUCCUGUUUUGCUUGUUAAGAAAGCUAUUACUUUAUUGAGCUUGGUAACUAUUAAGUUAUUUAAUAAAAUUUGUUUAUUAACUGUG